GGGGUGGUGGCGAUUCCGCGUCACGUGACGGGGGCCUGGCGGCGGCGGCGACGGUAGCGGCGGCGGCGGCGGCGGCGGCGCGUCGUUCGCGGCGCCCAGUGCACCAUGGUGGUGGUGGUGGCGACGGCUUCUCCAGAGGCUGCGGGAGGAGCGGUGGCGGCGGGAGCGGUAGCGGCGGCGGCAGCGGCAGCAGCGGCGGGAGCGGCGGCUUCGCUUGCGCCAGCGGGUGGUAGAAAAUGGCGGAUUUUGAGGACUUACGGAAUAUGGUUUCUAGUUUUCGGGUUUCUGAACUACAAGUAUUGUUAGGCUUUGCUGGACGUAAUAAAAGUGGACGCAAGCAUGACCUCCUGAUGAGGGCUUUGCAUUUAUUGAAGAGUGGCUGUAGCCCAGCAGUUCAGAUUAAAAUCAGAGAACUUUACAGACGGCGUUACCCACGAACAAUUGAAGGUCUUUCAGAUUUGUCCACAAUAAAACCAUCAGUUUUCAAUUUGGACAGUAGCUCAUCACCUGUGGAGUCUGACUUGACUGUUGCUGGGAUCCACUCAUUGCCUUCUACUUCGGUAACACCUCAGUCUCCUUCCUCUCCUGUUGGCUCAGUGCUCCUCCAAGAUACUAAGCCUUCAUUUGAGAUGCAGCAGCCAUCUCCCCCAAUUCCUCCUGUCCACCCUGAUGUUCAGCUGAAAAGCCUUCCCUUCUAUGAUGUUCUUGAUGUUCUUAUCAAACCUACAAGUUUAGUUCAGAGCAGUAUUCAGAGAUCACAAGAGAAGUUUUUUAUUUUUGCAUUGACACCUCAACAAGUAAGAGAAAUAUGCAUUUCCAGGGAUUUUUUGCCAGGUGGUAGAAGAGAUUACACUGUUCAAGUACAGCUAAGAUUGUGCCUAGCAGAGACUAGCUGUCCCCAAGAGGAUAAUUUUCCCAAUAGUAUGUGCAUAAAAGUAAAUGGGAAGCUGUUUCCUUUGCCAGGUAAUACACAAAGUCAAAAAAAUGGAAUUGAACAGAAACGCCAUGGACGCCCCUUGAAUAUUACAUCUCUAGUUAGGUUAUCUUCUGCUGUGCCAAACCAGAUUUCCAUUUGUUGGGCAUCUGAAAUUGGAAAGAAUUUUUCCAUGUCUGUAUAUCUUGUACGACAGCUGACAUCAGCCAUGUUGUUACAGAGGUUAAAAAUGAAAGGUAUUCGAAACCCUGAUCAUUCCAGAGCACUAAUUAAAGAGAAGCUCACUGCAGAUCCUGACAGUGAAAUUGCUACAACCAGUCUUCGGGUAUCACUGAUGUGUCCUCUUGGAAAAAUGAGGCUGACAAUUCCAUGUCGUGCUGCGACAUGCACACAUCUGCAAUGUUUUGAUGCUGCUCUUUACCUGCAAAUGAAUGAAAAGAAGCCUACCUGGAUUUGUCCUGUUUGUGACAAAAAGGCUGCCUAUGAAAGUUUAAUACUAGAUGGGCUCUUCAUGGAAAUUCUCAAUGAGUGUUCUGAUGUGGAUGAGAUUAAAUUUCAAGAAGAUGGUUCUUGGUGCCCAAUGAGACCGAAGAAAGAUGCUCUUAAAGUUUCAACCCCUCAGUGUACAAAAAUAGAAAGUUCAAGUGUCCUCACUAAACCCUGUUCAGUGACUGUGACCAGUGAGACGAGCAAGAAGAAAGUAGAUGUUAUUGAUUUAACAGUCGAGAGCUCUUCUGAUGAUGAGGAAGAACCUCCUCCCAAAAGGAAAUGUAUAUUUAUGGCAGAGACCCAAAGCAGCCCAACCAAAGGGGUUCUCAUGUACCAGCCAUCUACUGUCAGGGUGCCCAAUGUGACUGCGGAUGCUGCUCUGCCACCUUCAUUAACAGAUUAUUCAGUACCAUUCCACCACACGCCAAUAUCAAGUAUUUCCUCAGAUUUGCCAGGCUUGGAUUUUCUUUCCCUAAUUCCAGUUGAUCCACAGUACUGUCCUCCUAUGUUUUUGGAUAGUCUCUCCUCAACCCUGUCAACAAGCAGCACAGCUGGAAACAUCAUUACAUCCACAAGCCCCCAGGAAAGCAGCACCCAUGUUACUUCAUCAGGCAGGAGUGAGACUGGAGUUAUAACCAGCAGUGGGAACAACAUUCCAGAUAUAAUCUCCUUGGACUAAAAAAAAAAAUGACUCAUUGGACUACAGAAACAGCCAGUGCUGCUCUUUCUUGCAUCUCUGGUCCAUGGAAUCUAUUUUAUUGCCAGUUAGUUUGAUAUUUAUUGAAAAGACAAAUGGAUUUUGUUGCCUUCUGAAAAUGGGAGGAAAAAAGAUUAUGUGCAGCAAGAAGUAAAUUUGGCUUUGAAAGAUUUUUUUAUUAUUCAUAAAAUACUCUUUGAGUAUCAGAUAUAUUCAGCCACAUCUCCAUCUUUUAAAAAAUGAUUUCAGUUUCUUAUGUUGCUGGAUUGAUUCUGCAAACUGGUUAAAAGUAAACUUUUGGUUGUAAUACACAGCAAUAAAAUUAUGUAAAUAGUCAAAUAAACUUUUUUUUUUCUAAUAAAAGGCAAUUAACUUCUAGAAAAA